UUUAUGACUAGUAGUGUUACUUUAUGACGGUAGCUCUCUAACUGCAUUUUUUAAAUUUACCAAAGUUCUCUGUAAUACAAACAAAAAAUCUAAUAUUUUGUUUUACAACUAGAUCAUAUGACUCCAUCUAGGAAUCAUUUUUAGAACUAUAAGUUGAAGGUGGGGAUUAGUUUGACAAUUAUUCUCAAACCAUUAAAAUCAGCUGUUUUCUUAAAACCUUCCAACUUUGUCUUUUGUCCUAUUAUUGAGUGCAUUUAUUGCAAAAAAGGUUUCUGUGUUAUGCCACGUGUGUAUAAGCGAAAAAUUGGCUCCCGCGCCUACAAAAAUUAUACAGAUGAGAAAUUGAAACAGGCCCUUGAAGAAAUUAGGAGCAAGAACACAUCUUUACGCCUUGCUGCCGAAAAAUAUGGCAUUCAUCGAAACACUCUAUGGUUAAAGAUAAAAGGAAAACAUCAAAAUAAACAUGGUCAACAAAAAGUCUUCUCCGAUGAAGAAGAAAAUAUAUUUGCUGUACACAUUAUUACAAUGUCGACAUUUGGGUUUCCAAUAACUACCUUUGACCUUCGCUGUAUUGUAAAAUCCUACUUGGAUCGCCAGGGAAAAAAUGUUAAAUGUUUUAAAAAGAACUUUCCGGGACCCGAUUGGGUGAAAAUGUUUUUGAAACGUCACCCACAACUAACCCAGAGAAUUGCUCAGAAUAUAUCGCAUACUAGAGCUGCUACUGAUGAAGACAUUAUAAACAAGUUCUUUGAUCAUUUAGAGGUUGAACUUCGUGGUAUUCCCCCUUCUAAUAUGUGGAAUUAUGAUGAGACAAAUUUGGUGGAUGAUCCGGGAAUGUCGAAAAUCAUAACUAAAAGAGGUACAAAGUACCCUGAAAGGAUAAGAAACUCGUCCAAGGCCUGUACCUCUUUAAUGGUGUGCGGAAACGCUGAGGGUAAAUUAGCUCCACUAUAUAUCAAUUAUAAAGCUAAAAAAAUGUGGGAUACGUGGACUGAAAAUGGCCCUCUUAAUGCUCGAUACAAUCAGACAAGCUCAGGGUGGUUCGACUAUAAACUUUUUGAAGAUUGGUUUUUGAGAUUGUUACUGCCAAUUCUUAAAGAGCAAGAAGGACCCAAAGUCAUCAUAGGCGACAAUUUAAGUUCACACUUAAAUUUACAGGUUAUUCAAGAAUGUGAAGCCAAUAACGUCCGUUUUAUUGCGUUGUCGCCUAACACCACCCAUCUUCUCCAGCCAUUGGAUGUGGCAUUUUUCCGUCCCAAGAAAGAAAAAUGGCGAAGAAUUCUAAACGAGUGGAAGGAAGGUGCCCACGGUAGUAGGUUUUCUUCGGUGUAA